UGUGUGAACGUGCUGUUGCAGAGUCCCAAAUGGACACAGCAGGGCUUUAACACCCCAAGCCUCGCUGCCGAGCACAACGCCGCCGCCAGCCCCUCCCCCUCUCCGCGGGUUCCUCCUCCCGCCGCUACUCUAUCGAUCUAGCUGGGGCAGAGAUCCGUCUGGGCAAGGACCGGCUGGCUCCUUCCAGUGUUAGUUGGUAACCCUUGCUUGCUUGGACGGGUUCCUUCGUUCCAAGUGAGGAUUUGGUUUGUGUUCUCAGUCAAACCCAAAUCCUUGUUUUUCUCCAUUCAGAUUCAGUCAGUCGUCGAUUUGCGUGCUGCGUGGUGUUACCCUGCUAACGCAAUCCAACCCAUCCAUCGAUGGUUCGAUAGGGUUCGUCUUCUUUAGCGCGCAAGAUCGACACUUGUUGGCAUCGUAGCUGUUCUUGGUACCUAAUUGAGGUGCGGGUGGAGUUGAUUUUUCGAAAAUUUUGGGGUUCAGCUGAACCCCCAUGACCCAGGUGAAGCCCGCCCCUGGGGGAAGGAUGCUGACCGUGCUGCGGGUGCACCUCCCGUCGGAGAUCCCGAUCGUGGGCUGCGAGAUCACGCCGUACGUGCUCCUGCGGCGCCCCGACGGCGGCAUCCUCACCGACGACGUGUCUGAGGCCGCGCCCUUGGAUGGGUACUUCAUGCGCUACAAGUGGUACCGCAUACAAAGUGAUCGAAGAGCCACUGUCUGCAGUGUACAUCCAACAGAACAAGCAACACUUCAGUGCUUAGGGUGUCUGAAGUCAAAAAUACCUACUGCUAAGAGCUACCAUUGUUCUGCUAAAUGCUUCUCUGAUGCCUGGCAACACCACCGGGUUUUGCAUGAACGUGCUAUUAGUUCUUUAAAUGAAAAUGGAACUGAAGAGGAGGAGUUAUUUGGCAGUGGCAGUUCAGGGGUUAUGAGUGCUGCGUUGUCUGGUUCAACGUCAAAUCUUGCACAGAGCUCAGGUCUUCAUAAUGGACCUACACCUGUAUAUCCAACAGGCACCGAAAAGAGUUCUGGUGAAACUUGGUUUGAAGUGGGAUGCUCGCGAACAUAUACAGCAACUGCUGACGAUAUUGGGCAUGUGCUAAGAUUUGAAUGCAUAGUUGUCGAUGUGGAAACAAGAGGGACUGUGAGAGCUCCUACUUCAGUCAUGACAUCCCGUGUGAUUCCAGCACCAACCCCAACUCCGCGUCGCUUGAUCCCUGUGAAUGCAGUUGAUGCAAUGGGGCACAUUGAUUUAGAUAGCCGGACUUCUUCUUUUGGGACAUUCACUGUACUGUCCUACAAUAUUCUCGCUGAUACAUAUGCAACAAGUGAUACAUACAGCUACUGUCCAACUUGGGCACUUUCAUGGGCUUACAGAAGACAAAAUUUGUUGCAUGAAAUUAUUGGUUACAAUGCCGAUAUUAUCUGCCUUCAGGAGGUACAAAAUAAUCAUUUUGAAGAUUUUUUUGCACCAGAGCUUGAUAAACAUGGAUAUCAAGCACUUUAUAAGAAAAGGACAACAGAGGUGUACACAGGAAGUCCUCAAGCAAUUGAUGGUUGUGCUACUUUUUUCCGAAGGGACAGAUUUUCACAUGUCAAAAAAUACGAGGUCGAGUUUAAUAAGGCCGCACAGUCUUUAACUGACGCAAUCAUUCCCGUUGCUCAAAAAAAAUUGGCUCUCACUCGAUUGAUUAAGGAUAAUAUUGCAUUAAUUGCAGUUUUGGAAGCUAAAUUUGGUAAUCAGGGGACUGAAAAUCCUAGUAAAAGACAGCUUCUUUGUGUGGCAAAUACACAUAUAAAUAUCCAUCAUGACCUCAAAGAUGUGAAGCUAUGGCAGGUUCACACCCUCCUAAAAGGAUUGGAAAAAAUAGCUGUCAGUGCAGACAUUCCAAUGUUGGUUUGUGGAGAUUUUAAUUCAACCCCUGGAAGUACUUCACAUGGGCUUCUUGCAAUGGGCAAAGUUGAUCAAUUGCAUCCAGAUCUGGCGGUAGAUCCUCUUGGAAUUUUGCGUCCACUAAGCAAGUUGACACACCAGCUUCCUCUGGUCAGUGCAUACUCAUCAUUUGCGAGGAUGAUUGGUGUUGGUUAUGAUUUGGAUCACCAGGGAAGGAGGAUGGACCCCACGACAAAUGAACCAUUGUUCACAAAUUGCACAAGGGAUUUCACUGGUACCAUGGAUUACAUUUUUUACACAGCGGAUUCAUUGACAGUGGAGUCAUUACUGGAACUUUUGGAUGAGGAUAGCUUGAGAAAAGACACAGCUCUUCCUUCUCCUGAAUGGUCAUCGGAUCAUAUAGCGCUUCUAGCAGAAUUUCGGUGCACGCCUAGAAUUAGACGAUAAAAAAUACUUUAGGAGGAGCUGUAGGGGAGGGAGUCUCAACAAUCACAGAAGUAAAGAUUGAGAAGCCUAAGGAAAAGAGGCUUGUCAUGUUCCUCAUCCAUUUACAUUUCUGCCCUGAUGUUUUUAGUGGCCCUAUUUGGAAUGCGACUUUCUAUAGAAGAUAUAUCUUUGCAAAGAGAAAUAAUUUAAUAGAUUUGGAUGCCAUUGUUAGGUUUUCAGUCUCACAUUCUCACCCCUCAUCUUCAAUGUGAGUUCGUCCACAAUUUUUUUUCUUACCAUGGAAUCUAGUUCUUACAAACUGGAAAUGAUCACGUCCAUUGUGUAUGUCUCAUUUUUUGUGACAUGUAAAUUCUCUGUAUGGGUCAGUUCUAGUUUUGAAAACUUAGUUGUUGUCUGAAGAGCCUUGGUCGAAAAGUGUUGUUCCGUAUGAUGAAGGAAAUGGAACACCUGGUGAGGCUGCUGCAAGAAUUUCGAGCUUCACAUUGGGGAGCCUAUGUUAAAUGAAACUGUGAAAUUAUGUCUUUUGGAUGCUUCA